GAACAUCCUAUAAGUGCUUGAAGCCUCAACUCAAUUGCCAUGUUGCAAUUUAUUUAAAACUGCUUCAUACCACUGUGGUUAAUUUUACACUCUUUUUCUCCCUUCCUGGAUGAAAUAAUUCCCUGUGAAGAAGGAUUCAUGUGGUUUAAAAGAAUUAUCAGAAUAAUAUAUUCUCUGCAACUCUCCCUUCUCCCAAUUCCAAGCCACCUAUCAAAAAGGAAAAGAAAGGUAAAGCAGCAACAGUGUCCUGUGGGAUCUCUUACAGCUUGGGAACUGAGAUCAUGUCAGAUCUGGUGGACCAUACAUCAGGAGACCUGCCAGUUAGAGACACAGAUGCCAUACCGCUGAUGCUACCAGUGUCAAAAGGUAAGAAUAUAAAAACGCCACCACCCUUGAGCAGGAUGAACCGGGAGGAAUUGGAGGACAGUUUCUUUCGGCUUCAUGAAGAGCACCUGUUAGUGAAGGAGCUUUCUUGGAAGCAACAGGAUGAGAUCAAAAGGCUGAGGACGACCCUGCUCCGGUUGAACGCUGCGGGCCGGGACCUGCGCGCCGAGGCGGCGGCGGCGGCUCAGCUCUCGGAGCCCGCGAGGAGGCGGCGGGACGCGGGGAGGCGGCAGCGCGCCCCCAUGAACCAGCGCCCCCUGAUGCACCGGCUGCAAGGGCAGUCCCAGCGCGUCGGUUCUUCUGCUCCCCGCCGCCCCCCGCCUCACGUCCACGUGGGACACAGACCGCUCCACACAGCUGGUGCGCCAGUGUCCGAGAAACCCAAGAAGGGGUCAAGGGACAGGCUGAACUAUACAGCCCCUCCCACAUUCAAGGAGCAUGUGACAAAUGAAAAAACCAGGGGUGAAAUAUCCAGUGAACCCAACGAACUUGCCCACAUUAUGGCCAGCAAUACUAUGCAAGUGGAAGAACCACCCAGGUCUCCUGAGAAAAUGUGGUCUAAAGAUGAAAAUGAACAGAGAAGAUCAUUGGAGUGUGCUCAGAAAGCUGCAGAGCUUCGAGCUUCCAUUAAAGAGAAUGUAGAGCUGAUACGACUUAAGAAGCUCUUACAAGAAAAGAAUACCUCAUUGGUAAUGACAAAAGCACAAUUAACAGAAGUACAAGAGGCAUAUGAAACAUUGCUCCAAAAGAAGCAAGUAAUCCUGAGUGCAGCCCAUGAUGCUCUCCUCAACCAAGUGAAGGAGCUCAGGGCAGAGCUAAAGGAGGAAAGCAAGAAGUCUAUGAGCUUGAAGAGCCAACUGGAAGAUGUUUCUAUCUUGCAGAUAACUUUGAAGGAGUUUCAGGAGAGAAUUGAAGAUUUGGAAAAAGAACGAAAAUUGCUGAAUGACAAUUAUGACAAACUAUUAGAAAACAUGCUGGACAGCAGUAAUCAGCCUCUUUGGAACAGCGAGCUCAUAGAAGAACAGCUACAGCAGCAAGUCUCUCAGUUGCAGGAUGAGCUGGAGGAGAAGAAAAAAGUCUUACUUGAGUUCUCUAGAGAGGAAGCCAAAAACAAGGAUGUGAAGCUUGAAGUCACCAACAUGCUUCAGAAGCAUGAAGAGGAAGUAGAGCUCCUCCAAGAAACAGCCACGAUUUCCCAAAAUCCUGACAGCCAAUCUGAACCAGCUGCUCACCCAACUGUAUUCCAAGAGACCACUCAGAUAGAGCCCAGUGAACCAGAAAACCAAGAAGAAAAUAAACUGUCCCAGAUGUUAAGUGAGUUGCAAGUAUCACAUGCAGAGACCACAUUGGAACUAGAAAAGACCAGAGACAUGCUUAUUCUGCAGCGCAAAAUCAACGUGUGUUAUCAGGAGGAACUGGAGGCCAUGAUGACAAAAGCUGAUAAUGAAAAUAGAGAUCAUGAAGAAGAACUGGCCAGGUUGAGUCAACUCCUAGACCUCAAGAACAAUCGUAUCAAGCAGCUGGAAGGUAUUUUAAGAAGCCAUGGCCUCCCAACAUCUGAACAGCUCAAAGAUGUUGCUUAUGGCACCCGACAGUUGUCAUUAUGUCGGGAAACACUGCCAACCCCUGGAGAUGAGGAUGAAGUGGACAUUUCUCUGCUGCAUCAGAGCGAGAAUCUUUUUGAACUACACAUCCACCAGGCCUUCCUGACAUCUGCCGCCUUGGCUCAGGCUGGAGAUACACAACCUACCACUUUCUGCACCUAUUCCUUCUAUGAUUUUGAAACCCAUUGUACCCCACUAUCUGUGGGACCACAGCCUCUGUAUGACUUCACCUCCCAGUAUGUGGUGGAGAUAGAUUCUCUUUUCUUGCACUACCUUCAAGGGGCUUCAGCCCGGCUUGAUCUACACCAGGCUGUGGCCAGUGAGCACAUCACCCUUGCAGCUGGAUGGAUUUGCUUUGACAGGGUGCUAGAGACUGUGGAGAAAGUCCAUGGCUCAGCUACACUUACUGGAGUUGGUGGAGAAGAGUUUGGGAUGCUAGAGUACUGGAUGAGGCUGCGUUUCCCCAUAAGACCCAGCCUACAGGCAUGCAAUAAACGAAAGAAAGCCCAGGUCUACCUGUCAGCCAAAGUACUUGGAGCCUGGGAGGCCCAGAAGGAUGAGUCCAGAUCAGAGACUUGGAAACCUCAGAAUGAGCUGCGGAUUGAAAUCACCAGGUGCUGUGGCCUCCAGAGUCGAUGGCUGGAAACUCAACCCAGUCCAUAUGCCAUGUACCGCUUCUUCACCUUUUCUGACCAUGACACUGCCAUCAUUCCAGCCAGUAACAAUCCAUACUUUAGAGACCAGGCUCGAUUCCCAGUGCUUGUGACCUCUGACUUGGAUCAAUAUCUGAGACGGGAGGCCCUAUCUAUAUACGUGUUUGAUGAUGAAGACUCAGCGCCUGGCUCAUAUCUUGGUCAAGUCCAAGUGCCCUUGCUGUCUCUUGCACAAAACAAAUCUAUUAAAGGUGAUUUUAACCUCUUUGACCCUGCGGGAAAACCCAAUGGAUCUAUUCAAAUACAACUGGAUUGGAAAUCUCCCUACAUACCCCCUGAGAGCAUUCUGAAACUAGAGGCUCAGACUACGGAGAAUGACACUGAAGACAAUUCAGAGAUCUCAUCUGAUGAGGAAAAGUCUUCCUUUCCUCCAGAGGACCAGAUGGCACCUGCUGAGAUUCCCAUUGAAGCUGGCCAGUAUAAAACAAAGAGAAAACCUCCUCAGGUGGCAGAAAGAAAGGAAAAGGAACAUCAGGUUGAAAGCUACUCAAGAAGAAAACAUGGUAAAAGAAUAGGUGCUCAAGGAAAGAACAGAAUGGAGUAUCUUAGCCGUAACAUCUUAAAUGGAAAUACAUUACAACAGGUGAAGUACACUGAAUGGAAGUUCUUGGGGCUUAAAAUCUCUACAGAUGAUGGUUUUGAAAAUCAGCACGAGAAAGAAGAAAUGACAAUAUCCCAUUCAACACUGAAACAGAAGGAACCUCUACAUCCUAUAAAUGGUAAAGAAUCCUGUGAACAGGCUUCUGAAGUUAGUGAAGCACAAACUACAGACAGUGAUGACAUAGUGACACCUGUGUCUCAGAAAUAUCCUAAGGCAGGUUCAGAGAAGAUGUGCAUUGAAAUUGUCUCCCUGGCCUUCUACCCAGAGGCUGAAGUGAUGUCUGAUGAGAAUGUAAAACAGGUGUAUGUGGAGUACAAAUUCUACGAUCUACCUUUGUCAGAGACAGAGACUCCAGUAUCCCUGAGGAAACCGAGGGCAGGAGAAGAAAUUCACUUCCAUUUUAGCAAGGCGAUAGACCUGGACCCACUGGAGCAACAAGGCCGAAGGCAAUUUCUGUUUACCAUGCUGAAUGGAGAAGAUCCUGAGCAAGGAUGUUUAAAGUUUACAGUCGUAAGUGAUCCUAUGGAUGAGGAAAAGAAAGAAUGUCAAGAAGUAGGAUAUGCAUAUCUUGAACUAUGGCAGAUCCUGGAAUCAGGAAGAGAUAUUCUAGAGCAAGAGCUAGAUAUUGUUAGCCCUGAAGACCAGGCUACCCCAAUAGGAAGGCUGAAGGUUUCCCUUCAAGCAGCUGCUGCCCUCCAUGCUAUUUACAAGGAGAUGACUGAGGAUUUGUUUUCAUGAAGGAACAAGUGUUAUUCCAUUCUAAAAUCUGAGGGAAACAUAGUAAAAAUUCUCUUAUAAAGUAACUUGCUAUACCAUGAA